CCACAGCUGAACGCAGUGAGCAAGCGACCCCCGAGUUUUGUCCCCCACCGGAAGCUCUCCAUGAACUGGCGUAGCAGCACUCUAAACAAGAGCCACCUUAGUGGCCACAUGGCCAGCUGCAUGCAUCCCCCCUGUCGGAUACUACCUCAUCUUCAUCUGAGCAAUCACAGCGACACACAGCCCCGGACACAAAUUAAAGUACAACACAGCCUGGUUCAAGGGAGCUUUUCCUGGAACAUGAUCGCUGUAGAGAUCCAUGCCAGUCUCCACGCCCCUGUCACUGACACCCACCCACACAAAAUGAAAACCGAACCAAGGACCUGGGAUCUGUCGCCGACUCGGCGAUCUCGGGUUCAAGUUUCAGAAUUGACACUACAUUACAAGCUAUCAAACGAUUGACAGGAAGGAUCCGAGGAAAGGAAUAUCUUGAGACGAGGUUUCAACCGGUAGAUUUGAUCGGGGUUCCCGGAAAACCAGACGUGGAGAUUCAGGACCAGUCUCCCGAUGACAA